AUGCCGUCUUGUCAGCGCUCUCACAUCGGUGAGUUUCCCCCCGAAUUUCCUUCAAAAUUGAUCGUUUUCCAGAAAUAUGUGACUCGGCGAUGCGGCAGGAGCGUGUCCGUCCCUGUCAAAUCGUCAUUGACAACGAGAGACGGAGAAGCGGCUGUUUUCACGGCCAUGUCGAGGUAUAAAACCAUACUUUAUGGAAAAAUGUCAAUUAUUCAAUUCAGGUCGUUCGUCCGUUCUGCUGUUUUGCGGAUUGUCAUGUGAGUUGAAGAGAAAAUGAGAAAAAAACAAGGAUAUUGCAGCAAAUUCUGGUGAUUAUGGCCUGUUCGGCUCUGCUCUAUUCCAUCGUCGCACUCGUCCUGACCUGUAUAAACGCACCAAACCCAUUCUUCAUAUCAAUUCUCGGCUACUCGGUUUGUUUCUAAUAUGAAUAACAAAACUAAAUCCCAAUCAUCUGAAGAAAGUUUACUGUGAUUUGCGUAAAAUCAUAGGAAACUUCCGUUAUCAACACGAGCGCUUUCGAAAUCACGUGUUUCUGGUCUAAGAAACAUUUAUUUUCAGAUCAUCGCGAUGAUAAUCAUCCUUUGGGCGACAAUAUCCGGAAAAAACGUGCUGAUGAAACUUUCCUUUGUACUGACUGCAAUUCUAGCCGUUUUGGUUUGUGCAGGAGCCGUUUAUUGCGUCAUUUACCUUGUCAAUAGUUAGUUCCACUCAAUCAACACUGUUUUCAGAUCAAUCAAUAUUUUUUUGCAGACUACAACUCCAGCUUUGAGUGGAAAUGGAAAGUUUACAUCAUCAGCAUGCUUGUCGCGCAAGUCCUCAUGAUCUUUUGUACGUUUUCACCGACUUUCGGUCAAAAACCGGUUCACGUCGCAUUCUUCUUUUUCAGACGUCGUUGUUCUUCUCUGCCUCAUCGCUGAAAUCAUGGCCUACAACCGUCGUCUUCGAGAAGAGGAACAUCACACGCAAUCUGUACCUGUAUGGAGACGAUAUUGA